AUGGAAUUCGACGAGAACGCCGAGCGGUUUCGAAUUUUCGGCGGCAUACACAUCAAGUAUGUAGCUUCGUUUUGUGCAGUGUUCGGAGUGUGUGCGACAGUCGGCGUGUUCGUGUUCGGAUGGUGGAUUUUCCCCUGGUAUCUCUACGAAGAAUCCGUCAAUACUACCGGUGAGAUUUCUUCAAAAGCUCAACGCAAAACUCGAAUAAUUGCAGCUAGAAUCGCGUUCGUCUGCUUUCUGAUCGGUGGAUGCGCCUCGCACGGACUGAUUCUCUACUCGCUCUACUCCACCAGAGUAAGUUCUUUCGCUUCGUCCUCUCUCACUGAACUGUUCUAGCUGCAGACUCAGUGGCUGAUGCCCGCAUUUGCCUAUCACUUAUUCAUCGCCGUCCUCAAUGCCAUCACGAGUCUGAUUGCCGUCGGCGAGUUGUUGUCCGAGGUACCACUGUUCUCAGGCGCACAACAACGCAAUUCUCCAGGGGAAUAUUACGCUCCGUGACGCAGUGAUGGCGAAGAUCAGUCUGGUCGUGUGUCCGACCAUCUUCAUCGUUCAGAUGAUCGGAUUCUACGUUAUAAUCAAGUGUCGGAAUUACAUUCAAUGCAAACGGAGACACGUUAGGAACGGAGAGCCGCCGGUAGGCAUUCUGAGAAGCCAUCUGAAAAGUGUUAUUAAUUUGCAGCGGGUACGAGAAGUGAUUAUGUUGUCCAACACGAAUAAGGUAUCAAUUAUGGAGCUGUCUUUCGAUCAGGUGAGCCUUACUUACACACCAAUUCCACCUGUCUUCUCCGGAAUUCACAAAGUUUCUAAUUUCAGUUCAACGAAACGAUGUAUUCACCUGCCUAA